AUGCUUGUUGGUCCUCUAAUUAAGUUAUUGAGGCUUGUUGAUGCUGAUGAGAAACCUUCUCUAGGUAUCGUGUAUGCGGGCAUGCAAAGAGCCAAAAUUAAUAUCAAGACAAUGUUUAGAAAUAGAAAAUCUGCAUACACACCUUAUACAAGUAUCUUAAAAAUGCGGUGGGAUAAGCAUUUGAAGCGUGACCUCCAUGCAGCAACAUACUUUUUGAAUCCAGAUUACUUCUAUAGUGAGGGGUUUGUUGAGAAAGCAAAUAUCUUGAGGUCUUUGCUUGAUUUAUUUGAUAUUGAAACUCUUUGCGAUGACUUGGUCGCCGCAAUGCAAGAGAUACAGUUGUAUCGAGAUCGAAAAGGAAGUUUUGGAAGGGAAAGUGCAUUGAAAGCAAUUAAGAGACUUGAACCUGGUGAAUGGUGGAGGCUACAUGGUGGGAGUGCUCCUAACUUGCAAAAAAUGGCAAUUCGUCUUCUUCAUCAAACAUCUUCAUCAUCCGGCUGCAAGAAGAACUGGAGCCUCUUUGAACAAAUCCAUUCAAAGAGGAGGAACCGAUUAGAGCAUCAAAGGCUAAGUGACAUUGUUUAUGUCACUUAUAAUCUACGCCUUCAAUCUAGAAUGCAUCGCAAGAAGAAGAAUUAUGAUCCAAUUGACAUUCAAAGCAUUGACACAGUAGAUUUUUGGAUAAUGCCGGAUGAAGGUGAUCCUGAAUUUACUAAUGGAGACAUCGAAGGCAUUGAAAAUUUAAUUUAUAUGGAUAAUGCUAUGCCUUCAUAUCCUACAGAUGGAGGAGAUGUGGAACUUGAUGUGGAUUUCCCUAAUGUUGCUGAUUCUUCAAAUACAGCUUCUUUUGGUGGUACUUCUGAUGAUGGUGGCUUUGGAUUACCUGUUUAUGAUGGAGAUGUUGGAACACUUUUAGUAAUUUUGUUUGUGAACCUCUAA